AUGCCCAAACCAAAGAAGCGUCAACCGCCUGUCAAAAUUGCCUCAACUGAAUUUAAUCCUGACGAUCCCAGAAAUCACAAAGAUGGCCUCUCGCAGUUCAUUUGGGAUGUCAACCCCGAUCAUAAACUACCAAAAAGUCUCAAGAAUCGUCAAGCAGAGCGGGCCCCUGUAUCACCAACCCCAAACUCCCGCUCGUCUCUCUCCUCAGUGGAGACCUUGCCAGCAAAAUCACCCGAUCACAAGAACGCCCCACCUGCAAGAAAAGCUCGCCCGGCAAGGAACACCCGAUCACCGGCCAAGGCUGCUCAAUCACCGGUCCGGACAGCUCAAUCACCGCCAAGGCCAACUCAAUCACCGAUCACCGGCAAGAAGGGCUGUUGCUGUUUGUGGGAGGUCUCGAUCACCGGCAAGAACUCCUUCAAAAACAAACAGGUCAGCCAAGCGCAUCCCUCUGUCAAUCUCGCCUUCCCCCACAGCCUCUACUCGCGGACGCUCUCCGGCAAGACCAUCGAAGCAGGCCAUUCUCAACGUCAGAAAAAAAAACCACGGGUUCAAUCUGCGAACAAACGGACAAAACACAAGCCUAAGUCUUGUGAUGAGUGCUCCUCCCAAGACGAAUCCAAAUCCAAAGACUCCUUGCCUACAGAAUCCUCACUAUCUGAUGAAUCGUCCCAAGACCCGUCCGGCUCCCAGACCAGCAACACCGAAUCUGAUCGGGACAACCGAGCGUCCCACGACCCGUCCGGCUCUCAGACCAGCAACACCAAGUCUGAUCAGGACAAUCGAUCCAAUGAGGCUGAUCGAGGACACAAUAAGCCCAUCCCGAAGCGCGAUAUGCGUAAGGUAACUCGGAGCCAGAGCCACAAGAAAACCGCGAAACAACCGUUGAAAUCAGCUCUCACCGUUAGAAAGAAGACCAACAAGGAGCGCAUUGAAGAUAUCCAAGCAGACGUCGAAGUGCGUUACAAAGAUGGACCCCGUUAUCACACCCGUUCCAGGCAACUACCUGCGUCAUUUGAUCACCCGCCUCCAGACCAUUAUCAGGCCGCCCCCAAUGACCUUUGCUACGUUGAAGAGGGACUCAAGGACCCAAAUAGUUAUGCUCGUCCCACGAUCUCCCCCUUCCUACUGCUCCCGCCAGAUCGUGAUCAUCAACAGCAAGAUCUUCCUAUCCCGCCAUCACCAGCUCAAAAUCCCUAUGACCCAUGUCCCAAACGCCGGAGGUACGUUCGGUUCUCAGGAGGACAUCCAAUGUACGCAACCCCAGGCCUUGAUCACCACGGCAAUCAACCUCAGCCGCAACCUUCUGAAUGGUGUUUCACCCCCGCCUCAAUUCCCUUUGGUCCAACUCCUGCCGAAACCCAGUGCCCUAGCGAUUCUUACUCCUAUCAGGCCACCCAAGCCCAGGCUAAUGUAGCGCCAACUUACGCCCCAUCCUACGGAUAUUCGCCGCAGUCGUUUGACCUUCCUGCCAGCACAUCCUUGCCAACACAUUUCACUCAAGCCAACCAAUUCCAGUCUAAUGUAACCCAGCGCCCCACUUCUUACUCUUACCAGUCCACCCAGCCCCAGGCUAAUGCAGCCCCAACCUAUCCUCCGUCCUACGGAUAUCCCCAGCAGUUGUUGGACCCUCCUGAGAUAAAAUCCUCGCCCACACAUUUCGAUUAUACCCCUCAGAGAUUUGGAUAUGUGAGUGAGACCCCUCAGGGAUUUGGCUAUACCCCACGACCUGCAAGGGACCCAAAGCCACGGGUGCCAAGUGGUCCGACACCUUUCGACUAUUCACAGUACUGGAACCCUAUUACGCAAUCUUACUUGACGUCACAGGGACCAACAUUUUCCUUGCAGAAAGAUUCAAGCUCGAAUGGUCAGCCAGCAAGCUCGAAAGGCCAGUCAUUCAGCUUCACUUGUCCUUCGAGUACCCAGGAAACAGCGCCACCACUCCCCCAGGAAAAGCCGCUGCCACCGCCGCCCAGGGGAUCAGGCGAAUUUGCGCCAACACCUCAGCCUAUCCCCUUUUCAGCGCCGCCGCCACCGUUGAUCCAAUCUGUCCCGGCACCAGCCAAUCGAUUCGGCCAGUCAGCGCUGGCACAAUCUAGCACACCAACAGGAUCUGGCCACUUUGUCCAGACAGUGCCGAUACAGUCUAGCCACCUUGCCCAGUCCAAACGAGUUGGUCAGUCAGUGCCUACAUCUCAGCCUAGCACCUUCGGCUUGUCUGUGCCAGCGCCACCGCCCUGUCAAUCCGGGCACUCAGGGCCGACAACUCAGCCUAGCACCUUUGGCCAGUCAGCGCCGCCGCCACCUUCCAGUCAUUUUGGCCAAUCAGCGCCAACAAGCACCUUUGGCCUGUCUAUGCCAGCGCCACCGCCCUGUCAAUCCGGGCAGUCAGUGUCGACACCUCAGCCUAGCAUCUUUGGCCAGUCAGCGCCGCCGCCACCGUCCAGUCAAUUCGGAGCGCGAACAAGCACCUUUGGCCUGUCAGUGCCUCCGCCACCGCCCUGUCGAUCCGGUCAGUCAGUGUCGACACCUCAGCCCAGCAUCUUUGGCCAGUCAGCGCCGCCGCCACCGUUCAGUCAAUUUGGCCAAUCAGCGCCAACAUGCCAACCCAUCACCUUUGGCCAGUCCACACCGCCGGCACCUCUCCGUCCCUCGCUGACAUUUCAGAAUAGUCUUGUCGGCCAGCCAGCUCCUCCGCCACUGUACAGUCAAUCCGGGCAGUCAGCGCCAACACCUCAGCCUGGUCUCUCCGGCCAGUCAGCGCUGCCGCAGUUUGGUCAGUCUUUUGGCCAGGCUCUCCACCCCACUUCUUUUGGCCACUCCUCGCAUGCAGCUUCCAUCAAACCAACCGUGGCGCCCAUGAAUGCGCCCAUGAAUAAUAACCCCUUCUGGGAUCCGACGACAGUACCACUCAAAUCAGCUCUUAAACAACGCACCUUGGUGACUCAGCCUCAUCUUUGGGCUGAAAAGGCUGAAACCGAAUUCUUAGGAAACAAUCAAGAUUCACCGGUUCAUCCUCAGCUCCUUCCCAUCCCGGCAACACCCAAGGAAGCGCCGGCGCCAUCCCCCGCAACACCUGUGACUCCACCCCCAACUGCUCCCCCUGCACCAGUCGAACCACCGCCAGCAACUCCAGCAAGUACUAUUCCACCUGCACCAGUUAAACCACCUAGUGUGCCACCUGCGCAAGUCGAAUCAUUGCCACCUGUACCACCACCUGCACCAGUCAAACCAUUGCCACCUGCACCUCCACCCUCCCACGAGCAGCCGCCUGCACCACCUGCGCCUCCACACAAGCGGCCAACCUCACCUCCUGCACCUCCACCCUUCCAUGAGCGGCCAGCUGCAGCUCCACCCGGCGAUGAGCGGCCACCUGCACCACCUGCACCUCCACCCUCCGACAAGCAGCCACCUGCACCUCCACCCUCUGACACGCGGCAACCUGCACCACCUGCAACCAUGAUGACACCCCUCAAACCAUCCUCACACAGUCCAUUGGUCCAGCCACCUGCCUCCCAUCCUCCUCUACCUAUGAUAUCCGCCACUGAAUGUCUGACUCAUCCUGUUCCCAAUACUCCACCUAUCUCAUCCGCCACCUCCACCUGA